AUGGAUAAGCAAGCCCCUCUGGUUCGCCGCGUCAAGCUCGGCACCCAGGGAUUCGAGGUGUCAAAGCUGGGGUUCGGGUGCAUGGGGCUGACGGGCGGGUACAGUUCCGCGCUGGACGACGAGGCCGGCAUUGCCGUGAUCAUGCGCGCUUUCCGCCGCGGGGUCACCUUCUUCGACACCGCCGACGAAUACGGCGGGCCCUUCACCAACGAAAUCCUCCUCGGCAAGGCGCUGAAGCAGCUGCCGCGGGAGCAGGUGCAGGUGGCCACCAAGUUCGGGCUCCGGCGUGACGAGAGCGGCGCGCGGACCGUGUGCGGGCGGCCGGAGUACGUUCGCGCCUGCUGCGAGGCCAGCCUCCGCCGCCUCGGCAUCGACUGCAUCGACCUCUACUACCAACACCGCGUUGACACCACAGUUCCCAUCGAGGACACGAUUGGCGAGCUCAAGAAAGAAUUGGGCAUUGGAAUUGUGACAUACAGUCCUAUUGGCCGUGGGUUUUUCGGUGGAAGAGGAGUGAAAGAACAAGUGCCCGCUGAUUCUGUUCUGCAUGGGAUCCCAAGGUUUGCUGCAGAAAAUUUGGAGAGGAACAAGCAAAUUUAUCUGCAAAUGGAAGAACUGGCCAAUAAGCACCAGUGCAGCCCUGCUCAGCUAGCUUUAGCAUGGGUUCUGCAUCAAGGAGAUGAUGUGGUUCCUAUACCAGGGACAACCAAAAUCAAGAAUCUAGAUUCCAACAUUGGCUCCUUAAAGGUGAGACUGACAGACGAAGAUCUGAAAGAAAUCGGGAGCCACAUACGUGAAGAAGAUGUGGCUGGUGGAAGACAUUUCACUUCAUCUGCACUUGCCUCCUGGAAGUAUGCUGAUACACCAAAGAAACAGAGCUAA